GGGCCGUAGCACACUCCCUGCCCCAAUAGGAAGGUAGCACUGCGUAACAAGCAUUCGGAUCAGCCAAUUACUGACGGCAUGCCGCUCCCCCUCCCUCCCUCAAGCCUUCUCUCUUGCAAAAUGGCUGCGACAACUCCCACUCAGGCUCCGGCUCCGGCUCCUCCUGCGACCGUCCCGGCGCAGAACCCGCCGGCAACGCCUGCCACUCCGGCAGGAAACGCUCCCGCCGCGCCCCCACCGCCCACCACCCCGGCGCCGCCGGCGGUUACGCCGCUGUCGGCCGCGCUCUCAGGGCCCUUCCCCGGCGGCCGCGUGGUGAGACUGCACCCGGUCGUGCUCGCCUCCAUCGUGGACAGCUUCGAGCGGCGCAACGAGGGCGCGGCGCGUGUAAUCGGGACGCUGCUGGGGACCGUGGACAAGCACUCGGUGGAGGUCACCAACUGCUUCUCCGUGCCUCACAAUGAGUCCGAAGAUGAGGUGGCAGUCGAUAUGGAAUUUGCCAAAAACAUGUACGAGUUGCACAAGAAGGUAUCUCCUAGUGAAAUCAUCCUGGGAUGGUAUGCAACAGGUCAUGACAUCACGGAACACUCUGUCCUGAUCCAUGAGUAUUACAGCCGGGAAGCACACAAUCCAAUCCAUCUCACUGUAGACACGAGUCUCCAGAAUUCACGCAUGAGCAUUAAAGCCUAUGUCAGUGCCCCAAUGGGAGUCCCUGGUAAAACUAUGGGCGUGAUGUUCACACCUCUAACAGUGAAAUAUGUUUAUUAUGAUACAGAACGGAUAGGAGUGGAUCUUAUCAUGAAGACUUGUUUUAGUCCUAACCGAGUGAUUGGCUUAUCCAGUGACUUACAGCAGGUGGGGGCAGCAUCAGCCAGGAUUCAGGAUACCCUCACCAUGGUGCUGCAGUAUGCAGAGGAUGUAUUGUCCGGCAAAGUGGCUGCUGACAACACUGUUGGGCGUUUUCUGAUGGAUCUUAUUAAUCAGGUGCCAAAGAUUUCACCAGAGGACUUUGAGACAAUGUUGAACAGCAAUAUCAAUGAUCUAUUGAUGGUAACCUACUUGGCAAACCUUACACAGUCACAAAUUGCUCUCAAUGAAAAACUUCUGAGUUUAUAAAGAUAUGUCUGCCAUGCUACACUGCAAAGAACUUGAAGAAUGAGUACAUGGAUUUUUCUGUGGUGUUACUCAGACCGUAACGUUAUGACCUGGUUUACAUCUUUUCAUUGCCCUGAGAAAUCCCUGACAUUUAGGUUUAGGAAAUGGUUGCAAUUUAGUUGAGCCUGGUAUUUUAAAAUGGAACACAUGAAUAUUUUGUCUCCUGGCUUUAUCUACUUGUAUAACAAAAUACAGCUUUAUUGUAAGAAUGUAUUUGAAAUAAAAGUUCCAUUGCAAUGGCAGGAAUGCCUUCUAUCCAGAAAAAAAGCCCUGUUCUUAUUUACUGUAUAAUGAAUCCACUGAAAAAAGGAGAGUGUAAUGUGGCAUCAGGGAAGAAAAGGGGAGUGGAUGCAAGUUAACUUCAUUUCUGCAGACUUCUUUGCAGGUUGUUUUUUCCAGAACUUUGAAAGCACCCUGAAAGGUGGCUUCUCGUGUUGCAUGUAAUCUGCUUUUCCAUGGAGGACUACAGUGUAUUCUGUGUAUAUGCCCUUCUUCAGCAGGGUAUUGACAGGGUUGAUGGUAUUGUGUCUAUACAUAUCUAAUCCUUUGAGAAAGGAAAUCAAGGUCAAUAGCUUUACCUCUCAAAGUGAAUUCAGAGAAUUAAACUAGCAACUGAGUUCAUGGUUAAAAGGACUUGAAAAGCAUUUGUGGGUGAACAAGUGUGGCUACAUUGUGUUUUCAUUUCUGCAAAAGAAGAAAAGCACAGGAAAAUUAUAUUCAGUUUUGAGGUUAUAAGUUGAGUGUCGUCACAUAGGAAUUUUCUGUUCAUAACUCUGUACUGCUAAAAUUAUGUGAAUAGAAAGAAAUCUUCUAUUUUCUCCCUCAAACCAAUUUCAUGUUAAAAGGAGUUCUAGCUGAAACAGCUACCCUGAGCUGUAACUUUAUAGUCAGAUAAUAACAUUACCUUUAGCAGUUUGUUCAACUAUACCAAGAAGAUUUUUAUUCUGCUAUGUGCAAUUUGAUACUUAAACACUGUACUUCUAGCAGCAAAGAUAUUUUUUUGGUGUGUGACUUCGAACCUGUGGACACAAACCAUCUGUUUCUGAAAUGCAGGAGUUUAAUGCCAAGGAUUAAAUACUUUGCAAUGAAAAACAAUGGACACACUGCACCUUUAAGCAGUCUGUCAGAGCAACCUGGUCUCCUGUGCUUUGAGGAAGUGUGAAGUUUCUAUUUUUAAUGUUGUUCCUCACAACAGAAUCAGAGACCCUGGUGGCAACUUAGUUGUAAAGUUUGUGAAAUGUCUGGAGUACAGUGUGGGUGGAGCCCUAAUGACUCACUGGGUAGUGGCUCUCACUUAAGCAGCUGACCAGACACAUGGCUCUUCCUAAAAUGAAUCCUGAAGUGAACUGAAGUUGCUCUACUCCCUCUGCACAGGGAACGUUAAUUCAACAGCUCACUGACUAUCUGCAUUUUAAUUACUGUAGUCACAAGGCAAUGUAACAGGAAAAGUAUUUUUAGCACAUAAUUUAGACAUGGAUGACUGCAGUAUCUGUUUUUUUUAUUAUACUUUGACCUAUGGUUUGAAGCCAGCCAGAUUUUUCUUACAACAAAAUAUGGGAAAAAGGGGCUUUUGCUUGCUUUAAAAAAAUAUUUAACUGUAAAGUAAUGCUUCAUGUUAUUUCAGUGGGAAAUAACAUUAAACCAGGAUACACUGCACAAAGUAGCAGCAACAUUCUAGUGACCUAUGUAACAAGUGAUAAAUUACUGAGGAAAAAAAAAAAGGAAGUUGUUUCAACUCUAACAAUAGCACUCAGUUAGCAUGACUAUGUAGCUGAGAGUCAAGUCUGCAGACCAGAAUUCUGUCCAGUAUUAUGUCUUAGCAGAAGAUGCAAGGAUAUUACAAAUAAAGGAGCAAGAAUUUAA